AUGUUCCUCCCCAGACUCCUGGCGACGCUGUUGGCUCUCCCCGCGUUGGUUGUCAGCGCUGCCGACGAUAACAGCUGCACGUUCGGCCCCUCGGAAAACUGCGGGAUCGACUCGCUAACUGUGUCCACAAGCGAUGGCAGCGCCCUCAUUUACCCCGGAGGAGACACUCGCUGCGCCUUCGAUGAAUACAAGGACAACACGACGACGUUUGAGUCGAUCUCCACGUACUUCUUCCAGGUAUUCCCUAACGAGAAGAAGGACAAGUCCAAGGUUCUUCUCUACUUCCAGGGUGGCGGCGCCUGCGUCGACAAGUUCACAUGCAACUUUGCGCUGCAGUGCCAGCUCGGUGCCAGCCCUCUUGUCAAGCCGAACGCGAGGGUUGACAACAGCGGCAUCAUGGCUCGCGGCUCUGCUGGUAAUCCUUUCAACGACUGGAACAUUGUCUUCCUCCCGUACUGCACGGGCGACCUUUUCGUCGGCAACACGGAAAUCGAGGCCUCCGAAAGCCCGUACAACCAAGCUCUCGGCAACAAGCAGUGCCUCGGACAGAACCGCAGCAUGCACCUCAACGGCUACAACAAUGCCAAGGCCGUGCUGGACUGGGCUCUUGAGAACUUUCCCAACCCGGAGCAGCUAGUUCUCGGUGGCUACAGCGCCGGAUCACUCGGUGCGCAGCUUUGGUCGGCCAAGGUCGCCAAAAUGUGGGAGGUCGAGCAAAAGGGGACAAAGUUUCAGGUGCUGGCCGACAGCUACGUUGGUGUGUUCCCUGAGCACAAGACGACCGCAAGCUCGCUUGUCAACUACUACGGUGGCUGCGACGUGGACCUCAGCUUCCCUGCGCCACUGGCGGAGAAAUGCAAGGCGAAAACGGCCACGGCCACGGAAAUGGUCGAUGCGCUGAUCCAAGAGGCCCCCAAGAGCGAGUGGUUGUUCAUCGACAGCACCGGAGACGCCACACAGCGCAAGUUUUACGAGCUGGCGCGACUGGGCAUCGCAGGCUACCCGUUCACGACGCUGCUGGACGCGGGCGAGUUCUACGGCAACCUGACGCAGAUAAUCGACUCGCACGCGAAGCUGACGAGUGUGACGCGGUUCAACAUCGACAGCGAGCAGCACGUGUGGCUCAAGUCGGAGGGCUACGCGACUGCCAAGAGUGUGGACGGCGCCGUGCUGGGCGACGUGCUCUCAAGCUGGCUGCAGGGAUCGGCAGCAGCGAACAACGCGACCACUCCGAACGUCGGGACAGUGGCGCCUACGGUGGGCGGCCAGUAA